UUUUUUUUUAAAUCAAUGACAGAAUCACCAAAAAUAAACAAAAACAUUCAUUUUACAACAGUAAAAGGAACUCGCAUUGAUUGUAAAGAAGGAUCGUUUUAUGGUAAUUGUAGAGAUGUUGAAGAUUUCGAAAAGUUAAAUCGUGUAGGAGAAGGCACUUAUGGUGUAGUCUAUCGUGUUAAGGAUACAAAAACAAAGCAAAUUGUAGCAUUGAAAAAGAUAAGAAUGGAACGUGAAACAGACGGUAUGCCAAUAUCGAGUCUAAGAGAGAUUAGUAUUUUAAAACGUAUGAAACAUCAAAACAUCGUUAAUGUGAUCGAUGUAGCGGUUGGACCACGUUUAGAAUCUAUUUUCUUGGUUAUGGAAUAUUGUGAGCAAGAUCUGGGUAGUUUACUUGACACAGUAUCAACACCUUAUACUCCUUCUGAAAUUAAAUGUUUAAUGUUGCAAUUACUUCGAGGAUUAGAGUAUUGUCAUAGUCAUUCCAUCAUUCAUAGAGAUUUAAAAAUGUCGAAUUUAUUAUUGACUUCAACAGGCUUAUUAAAAAUAGCUGAUUUUGGAUUAGCUAGAACAUUAAGUUUACCAGGAAAAACAAUGACACCCAAUGUAGUGACUUUAUGGUAUAGAGCACCUGAAGUAUUAUUUGGCGAUAUCAACUAUACAACAGCUAUUGAUUUAUGGUCAGCAGGAUGUAUCAUGGGAGAAUUAAUGCAACAUAAACCAUUAUUACCAGGAAAUACAGAACAGGCACAAUUAGAUUUGAUUGUCAAAUUACUAGGCUCUCCUAAUGAUACCAUUUGGCCUGGAUUCAGUAAAUUACCUGGCAUAAAACUACUUGAAUUACCAAAACAAAGCUAUAGCAAUUUAAAAGAAGUGUUUCCAAGAUAUAGCGAACAAACAUUAAACUUAAUAGCUGGUUUGCUUACAUAUAAUCCAAAAUCAAGAUUGACUGUUAAACAAGCUUUAAAUCAUCCUUAUUUUCAAGAAGCUCCUCGAGCACAAGAUCCAUCACUUUUGCCCACAUAUCCUGAAGUUCGUAAUCAAUUAGCAGAAAAAGAAAAGAGGCAAGUGAUAGAUGAAUCCAUUUUAUAUAAUAAGAGUCAUUAAUAGUUUAAUAUUAUAGAAGACAAGCUCAUGAACAAGAAAGAAAGAGAAGAAUAGCAAUGAAAGAAGCUAAUGAAGGAUCGUAUAACAAGAGAAGAAAAUAGCCAUUUUUCUUAUAAAUGUAAAAUAAAUAGAUUUCAACGAACUAAAUAGGCUUUCUGAAUUUUAAUUGGUUUUUCUCUUUUUUUUUU